AUGGGUGGGAAUGCGUUGAAAAACGUGGUGACUAGGCGUUAUGCACGCGACGAAUAUUUGAGAUUGAAAGAACGUAUUCUGAGCAAAGUGCGUGAACAUAUCGAUCAAUGCGACGUUCCAAGAGAAUUUCCAUGUAAAGAGUCAUUCGGUGAUUUGGAUGUUCUUAUGGUAUGUCCACCAUCGGUAAAACUUCACGAUUUAAUCGAAGAACUAUUUCACCCAACGGAAAUCUUCAAAAACGGCGAUGUUUAUUCAUUCGAUGUCGAACAAUUUCAAGUUGAUUUUAUUCUUGUUCCACAAGAAGAAUUCCACAAUGCCAUUGUUUAUUUCUCCUACUCAGAUCUCGGUGGUUUAAUCGGCAAUGUUUGUCAUAAAAUUGGAUUGAAAUACGGUAUUCAAGGCCUAUGGAUGAAUGUACAUACAAAAGAAUUCGAUCCAACUACGACAUCAACAAAACUUUUACUAUCAUCGAAUCCUCAAGAUAUCUUCGCUUUUCUCGGUCAUGACUAUGAACGGUAUGCAAAAGGAUUUGAGAAUGCCAAUGAAUUCUUCCAAUGGAUUGUCGAAGGAAAAUACUUUCGUCGUCAGUAUUUUGAUGACGAUCAACUUAACCAUGCACAUCGACAACGAACAUCGAAACGUCCGAUCUAUAUAAAAUUCAUAGCGUUCUUAGAUGAACACGAAAUUCCGCGAGAGCAACCAAUUGAAAAUCGUGAUGAACUUGCUCGCGAUGUUCGUCAACAAGCGUUGACUUUCUUCGACAAACAAGACGCCUAUGAAAAAGGAUUAAACGCUCGCGAUGAAAAACGACAAUUUCGUGAAAAGUACAGCGGUAAAGACUUCCUUGAUAUUGGUGGUCAGAAACAAAUGAUUCCUGUACAUAUGCGCAAUUUCGAAAGACGAUUUGGCAAAACGGACGAAGAAUUCCAUCAAUGGGUACUGAACACCGAUGUUGUAACUAUCAAAUCCGAAGUUGAGAAAUUCAAACAAGAGCUCAAAACUAAUCGAUCCUAG